GUACAAUAUACACGUGGUUUAACGCGAAGUAUAGCGAUAUUAGUUUUUACGUUUAAAAUGGAAAAGAAACAGUUUAAAUCGAGUGAAAAAAGAAAAAAUUAUGAAGACUCGUACAGAAAUUCAGAAUUUGAGAUGAGAACGAAGAAAAAAUUUAAACAUAGAGAAUAUCAAGAUAAAACUGAUGUUUCUGACAAACGUUUCAACUAUAACAAUGAAACAUUUACGGAUAAGAGAACUAACGAAGGAACUAGCAAAGAAGAUUCUCAAUAUUUUGAAAAAGUUUUGGAAAAAUUAAAGAUUGGAUUUGAUGAUGAUGAUGAUAAAGAAUUAUUUAUAGAAAAUGUUUUGAAAGAAAUCGGAAACAAAGUAGUCGAAUUAUCUUGUGGUAGAACAACUAGUUAUUUGUUGCAGUCAAUGUUGGAUAUGUGUAAUGAUGCUAAUUUAUUUAUAAAGUUCAUGAAUGCCAUUUCUUCGGACUUAAGACAGUUGUGUACUAAUCAGUCUGGCAGCCAUAUUGUCGAAUCAUUACUUAAAUUAGGAGUAAAACUUUUACAGGAUGAAACUAAACCAUAUUAUAGUGAUGUUCUAUCAUCACUAGUGAAAUUUGGAAAGUAUUGUUUGAACAAUACUGACUAUUUUCUAUGUGAAGUUCAUGCCGCACACAUUCUGCGUUCCUUUGUCGAAACUUUGGGAGGAAUUAAAGUAGGAGAAAAUAUUUGUAAAAGCAGAAAAUCCAGAAAAUUGAAGAAAAAAUUCCAAACUGACAAUAAAAGUGUUGACAUUCAUAAAGAAAAUACAACUGAAGUUAUUCUUGCAAAAAUUCCAGAUGAAUUUGCAUUACAAUUGGAAGAAUUUUAUAAUAAGAUGAGUAAUAGAGAAAAUUUAGUUGAUUGCUGCAUGGAUAGCAAAAUAGCAAGCAUUAUACAAACUUUACUUGUUGCUCUUCACAAAAGAAUUCCAGAACGGUGCCAAAAAUUUAUCAAGAUACUAAUGAAACAAAUGUGUAUGAAAGAUUCUGAAGAGAAUCUUCCAUUGGCAUUUAUGCAUCAAAGCAGUAGUUGCAUAGUAGAAAAGCUUCUAGAAUUAUCGAAUGAAAAGAACCAGCACUGGUUAUGGAAACACAUUUUUCAGAAUUCGAUAAAAUUAUUAGUUGUAGAUCGGAUUGCAAAUUUUAUUGCACAAAGAUUUUUUAAAGUUGUUCAAAGCAAAGAACAGCUUCAAGUAAUGCUGGAUGAUGUGUUCCCAUUAUUUAAAAUUAUCCUAAGAAAAGGUUUUCCUGGUAUAAUUGUCAGUAUUGCCGAAGCAUGUGUAAGACUUGGUACCUAUCAACCCCAAUUUAUGCAGGUUAUAAUGAAAACAUUUAAGUGUGAUGAACCAGAAGAACGACAGAUUUAUUUGGCACCCAUGCUUAUGAUGGUGGUAAAUUACAAGAUUUUCAGCAGAAAUAAUGAUGAAGGAAAGAAUUUGCUUUUUCAGGAAAUAUCUUAUCAUGGUUCCUUAAUUAUUCAACACAUUUUACAUUUUUAUAAACCAUACAAAAUCGUAAACAGUAUGUUGGCAAUGAAAGACAACUUGAAAGAAGUUGCUUGCGAUCCGAAAGGAAGUCGUAUUUUCGAUGCAUUUCUUUCUAGUCAAUAUGUGGGAGAAAAGAACAGAGAGAAACUGCUUCAGAUAUUUCAGCCACAUUUGGCAGAACUGGCCUGUAACAAGCACGGCAGCAGGACAGUAGAUGCUCUCUGGGAAGUUGCUUCAUUGAAACAGAGGACGACCAUUGCCCAGAAGUUGACAGAAAUUGAAGAGACGCUCAAUGGGUCGUCCUAUGGUUUUCAUUUGAGUAAGAAAUGUGCCUUGUUUCAUUUUAAGAAUAGAAAUGCCGAAUGGAAACAAAUUCAAGAAGAAGAAAUUAAAAAACGUAAAUUAUUUAAAGACUUUUUAAACUGAAAUUUAUGCAGAAAUGAUUAAAUAUUGUAAGUAGCUGUACAAUAUAUUCAAAAUAAUGUAUAAUAUAAAGGCUUAUUAUAUUUUAUGAAUAAAAUUAAAUUUUUUAAAAAACAAUAAUUAUUGUAUUAUUCCUGCAAAAUUACCACUAUAAUAAAUUGAAGAUUGGAAUCAAACAGUUUAAGAUGGGUGGAAUAGAGAAAACUAGAAUUUUGCUCAAAUAGGGGUCUAUUUUAACGAACAUGAACUUUUCAUGAAAUAAAGCUGGCAUUUUGUUGUAGAAUGCAGCAUAUAUACACUGUAUCUCAAAUGACC